AUGCCUGGAACCCUACGACGCAAUGCAAGGAUAUCGCCAAAGUACAAGGGUGCUCUGCACUGUUUUACAACAAUUCUUCGGGAAGAAAAAGUCCGAGGAAUUUAUAAAGGUGUCACUUCGCCAUUAGCUGGCAUUGCAUUUAUGAAUGCAACGAUCUUCGCGACAUAUGGAAAAACCCUUGAACACCUUGAUAAGGAGAAGGCAUUGAGUCACUGGUGGGCCGGAUGUGUGGCUGGAGUUGCCCAGACUUGCAUCAUUUCUCCGGUGGAACUUAUCAAGGAAAAGUUUUCUCCCGCCUCCUCCUACUUUAUUUUAAAGUUAUCGAAAACAAUUUCAAAGACUCAGAUGCAAAUCCAAGGCAUUGGUAAAGCCGAUACCAAAGAUUACCGAGGCUGGCGAGAGACAUGUUUACAUAUUUACAAACACUCUGGGUACAAAGGAUUCCGAACAGUGGCAGAUUCAAAGCAAUCGAUCAACGCCAUCAAAAAUGGCUUCGGCUUUGGCCGAGGCAUCACCUUGGCGCUUGUCAGGGAUAUUCCUUCUUUUGGCGCAUUUUUCUACACUUAUGAGUUGCUUGUUGGGAAAAGUACGAACUGGUUGAACUUCAAUGGGAACACUGGUUUUGCGUCAAAGGAACAGCUACUGGAAACAUCAAAGGUGAUCUUCGCUGGAGGAUGUGCCGGGGUGAACUCGUGGAUAAUUACUUAUCCCGUGGAUGUUGUGAAGACUCAAAUUCAAGCACAACAUUUAGACCAGCCUGAGCAUUUCAAGGGAAAAUUUCGAGGAGUCACGUGUGCGCUAGAAGGAUUGAAAAUCAAUGGCUUCAGAUUCUUCUGGAUCGGCAUCGUACCAACUUGUAUACGCGCCUUCCCCUCAAACGGUGCUGUAUUUCUCACGUGGCAGACGAUCCGCAGCUUGUGCUCCGACUAG